GCCCCGCGGGGCGGCCGUGGAGUGAGGCGCCGGGACGGACGCGCGGACCGGACCGACGGCGGCCCCGGGCCCGGCUCGGCGCGCUGGAAGAUGAACAGAGCAGAUUCGCCAAAGCCACCCGUCGCUCCCAAACCCAAGACCGCCAGUUCCUUCACCCCCGUGACGACGCCCAAGUUCCCUGCGUCACCCCGGCCCGAGGGUCUUCACAGCCCCAACUCCAUGUCCAGGGGCCCGAAGCCCCCCAUUGCCCCGAAGCCCAGGCUGGCGGCCCCCCACGAGUGGCGGGCCAGCGUGUACGUGAUCGGCAGCUUGAACAAAUGCAGCAACGGGAGGCUGCUAUGUGUGGACGCGGGCCUGUUCCAAGACCACCGGCCCGAGCAGGAGCACGCCCAGGCCGAGGCGGGUGGCGGCUGCGGCGGGGACCCCGGGGCCCCGCUCAGGGACUGCGAGCCCCGGGACGAGGACCCCGCAGAGAAUGCGGGGGAGAUGCCUCCCAGCCCUGCUGGGGACGACGUCCCUGGGGCGGCUGAGCAGGAGACCCCGGGGGCAGAGGAUGACGAGGGCGGGGGCGCAGACCCCGCUGAGGAGGAGACCCCGGGAGCAGAGGAUGACGAGGGCGGGGGCGUAGACCCCGCUGAGGAGGAGACCCCGGUGGAGGAGGACGGUGUGUGUGACCCCGGCACAGAGGAGCAGCUGAGGCUCUAG